AUUGACCAAAAAUGCGAUUAUAUUAAUUAUCUUCUCAAGUUUAAAUCUUCAAGCUAUAUAGAAAGUUACCUAGUCAAUAGAGAUACUGAAUCCAGAGUACUCAUUCAAACCAUCAAGAUGUCGCAGCCACGCGUAUUCCAGUUGACCGGUACGUGCAACAAUUAUCCCUGGGGAAAGAAGGGAAACCAGUCUCUAGCUGCACAACUAUGCUCUCAAACUCCCGGCAUCGAUUUCCGUAUCAACGACGAUGAAUUCUAUUCGGAGAUGUGGUUUGGGGAUUAUCCAGAUUUCCCAGCCCGCAAAUUAGAUACCGGCGAAUUAUUGAGUGACGUUCUUCAGCGUAACAAGGAGCAACUCUUGGGGGAAAGGGUCAUCGCGGGGCUCGACAGUCAAUUGCCCUACUUGCCCAAGAUCUUGUCAAUUGCGAAAGCCCUUCCCUUACAACUACAUCCCAAUAAGGAACUCGCUAGUAAACUUCAUGAGAAAGACCCGGGAAGUUUUACGGACCCUAAUCACAAACCUGAGAUUGCGGUGGCGUUAUCCAAAUUCGAGCUAUUCGCUGGAUUCAAACCUCUAGACCAGAUAGCGCCCCUAUUUAAACUGCAACCACUCCAGCAGUUCAAUCCGGAGCAACCGGACGAACGGACGGAUGAGACACUACGGGAAGUCACUAGAAAUUUACUCAAAUCUGACCUUGAGACGGUUAAAAAGGUUCAAACGGAGUUGUCGGAGAUCCCGGAAGACCAAUUAGGCGAUACCGCCUACAUCUUAGAUCUUCUUCCUCGGCUUCAAGACCAAUACGGCCCAGAAGAUGCAGGCAGUCUAGUCGCCCUGUUAUGCAUGAACUUCUUAGUUUUCGGUCCCGGGGACGCGGUAUGGAUUCCUGCAGACGGUAUCCAUGCAUAUUUGGCCGGUGAUAUCGUCGAGUGCAUGGCUCGAAGCAAUAAUGUACUUAACGCCGGUUUCUGUCCUCCAGGUGAUCGUAACAACGCCGACACCUUCGCGGACACAUUAACUUUCAAGGCUCACAGUAAGGAUGAUGUCUGUCUCCCGAGCCAGAAGUCGGAAAAAAGUAAAAGGGGGAAGACGGUAGUAUACAGGCCGCCGAUAAGCGAAUUCGACAUGCUCAAGACAGAUCUGGGUGCGGGAGAGGGUGAACAGCUCAUCCCAAGCGAAGGACCGGGCGUCAUGAUCGUGACUUCGGGGUCUGGGGUGAUGUAUGCCGAAGAAAGAUACCAUCAGCUAAAGGAGGGUUUUAUCUUCUUCGUUGCGCCGGGUGUUCCGGUCGAGUGGGAGAGUCAGCACGGGAUGCAGAUUCAUAUGGCUGUCGUAUAGAAUAGAUUGUGACAGAAGCUUAUAUCGUCUGAAGUUACAUGGCGAUGUCUUACAUCAGAGCGGAUUGUCGAAGAUCUAAUCUAACGAGGAAUAAACGACCUUGGCGUCACUGUCAUACGAUGCAUAGUGGUCAUAUUAAGCAGGAGCAGCUAUUUGCUUUGAACACGAUCACAACAAUACCAUCUAUAAAUGAUAGCUUUAAGGGAAUGGUUAUAUAGUAGAGAUUGCUACACGC